AGUCUGGAAGCGAUGUUAGGCGGUCGCCCUCAAACAGGUCCAUUGCCUCAAGGGGAAAAUGUGGAAGAAGUGUCGUUGAUGUCGUAUGAGGAGCGUCGCUAUGAAAAAAAGAGUCAUAAUGGUCCCAGUGAGGCGUAUCACGAGGAUGACGAUGAUGAUGAUGAAGAAAUGGGUGCUGGUUCACACAACGUCCAGUGUACUCAGUCAUAG